AUGGAUGCGUGGUUCCAGUAUGCUCUCGGCGUUGGCGAGGUUAUCUACGACAUGAAGCUGCACGAGUACGAGGAUGCGUGUGCGUCGUUGUUGCUGACGGCGGCCAAAGUUGCAGCCACGGCCGAGGCUGCCACAGACGAUGUCAACAAGGCGAGGCGGUCCGGGAAAGGAGUUCAUUGCGAACAUAGUGGCCUUGAUACCACCGUUGCCCCUGCCCCCGCGUGGGCUGCGCAUCUGCAGCCGCCAGCCUUGACGAGCUCAUCUGGUGGCAGUCCUCUCAUCUCCAUGUGUGAAACUGUUUCCGAUGUGCCCAUGACUUCAUCAACGACCGCCGGCUCCGUUCCUUCCCGUGGUGCAGCCGCAACUCCUGGUAGCAGGCCAGUGGCCGAUCCAUGCACAGUAUCGGGCGCGACGACUGCGCUGAACGAAUCAUGCCUCACCCACAACGGCAGUAUUGAUCAUAGCAAAACGCCGACGUUGUCCUCGUCGGCCACGUACUUGCCCGCUACCUUCGGCGACUGUAACCGCCGCGCUCUUACCCUUACUGCUGGCGCUGCUGCAUCCCCUACGGAGGCCUUUGGGGCGUUGGUGGAGGCGAUGCAGCUGCGGAAGCCGAUGCGCGCGGCGACGUUGAGCAGCCAGCAUAUCGAUGCCAUCCAGGCAGAGGCGGACUUUGUUUUUCAGGAGUUGGAUGAUGUUUUUACGCUUCAGCCAGGGGAUGCCGCCGCCGCCGCCGCAGCUGCCUCAACCGCUGGUGUCGCGCCGCGACCCUCCCCGACGCUACCGAGCUCCACGGACACUCGCUGUGAGCCUGCUGAAGACGAGGAGGAGUGCGGCGUCGCAGCAGCGCAAUCCAGGCCUCUUCCAGCGCCCCCACCCGCCUCCGUCGCCGAUAGCAGCGAUCGCCACCUCCUCUACGGCGAGCUGACGUCCGUCGGAGUACGGCAGCUGCAGGCGAUCAGCAUGGCGUCCAGCUGCGUGGUGCGCGAGGAGAACGGGCGCUCGAGCUCGCGGGAUGACGGCGUUGGCGGAGCCGGCCUCCUCGCCAACCUCUCGACAACGAUGGCCUGUUCGUGCGACAGCUCCUCAGAGCCGGCGUUCGGCUCCACGCCGCCGGUGAACCACACCGUGAGCGCCCCGUUGUCUUGCACUGGUGAUCACUCCCAUGGUCACGGGCACACCUCUCGAGGUGCUGUGGUUGUCGCGGUGGAUGUGGGCAGCGGCAACGGGCGCCUGCUCUUCGAGUGGGACCGGCUAGCGGCAGCGGCGUGCCGUCGCCAGCAUACCUCGUCACCGCCGCGACACGCGGACGAAGGCGCCACGCUCGUCGACGCAGCGCCGACGGCCGUUACGCUGCACUCUACCACGAGCGCUUCGGGGGGCACCACGGUGGCGACGACGCAUGCAGCAUCUAUGCACUGCGGCAAUCUGCUCGCAGCGGCCUACGCACCGCUAGGAAUCGCGAGUCCCGCUGCGGUGUGGCGCGGGUGGCUCGGCGUCGGCAUUGAGCUGGUGCCGUCUCGCAUGCGCAUCGCCCGAAAGGCGCUGGUGCCGCACUACCUAAACCUAAAGCAAGCCCUGGCGGCUCCUUCAGCCGGUGGUGGUGUGUCAGCCCCCGUCACCCACCUGGACCCGUGCCCUCUCGAGGCCACCGUGGCCGCCGACAUGGCGGCGUCGUGCAGCCCCUCCGCCUCGCUGCAGUCGGGCGUUGCCACUCAUUCCACCGCCGUCAGGUCGGUGGUAGGGUCGCCAGUGUCGACGGGGACCUCGGUCUCCAUGACACCGGGGUGCCGGGUGCAGCAGCCGUCUGCGCGCGUGCUGCUCUACGAAGGUGAUGCCCUGGCUCCUGGCGUGUUGUCGAACGCGACACUGUGUCGGUUUCCAAACCCCAACCACCACGGUGAGCCUCUGACGCUGGGCGAGUCCUACGCUGCGCACGACGACGGUGGCGACGUGCAGGGCUGGGGCGCAGACAGCAGCAGGUUCCGGUGCACGGCAACAUCGACGGCGAGCGUGCCGACCACGGCAGCCGUGAUGAACGAGACCGGCCUUCUCGAGAGCAUUGGGAGUGACGCGCACGGACUCGGUGGCGCCCGGACGCCGGCCAAUAUGAGUUUGGCCUCCAUCGCGACUGUUGGCAGUAGCUGCUCCGCUUGCCCUCGACUAGUGGGUCAAAGCUACUACCCCCUGUGCAGCAUCGAGGGUGGCCCCUUGCUCACAGGAAGGGAGGAGCCUCACUUGGUGGUCUUCUGCUGCGGGCUUGGCUUUGACGAGGCGCAGGUGCGACGGCUGUGCCAGCGACUAGAGGACAUGCUGUUGCGGCGCUCUGCCACCGCAGCGGAGACGGCACCGUCCCCCGUUGGGGGCGGCCCGAUGACGUACCAACAGCUCAGCAAAGACGCCAACAGUUUUCCAUCGCACUACGUUCGCCACCACCAUAGCCGCAUGCCCCACAGCGAGGACGCGGAGACCGAGACGUCGCCAGUCGACUGCGCUUCGCCAUCCCUGACAUACUCCGAGAAGAGCAAGGAGGAGAACAUCAAGACCGGAUUCGGGAUUCAACCGAUGGCACCGACCGCAGCGGUCCCCAUUACUGGCAUCGCGACGGGCAUCGGCGCCGGCUUCGCCUCGCAUCGGCACUGGGAGAGCGUUACCUGUGUGCUGCUGCUGCGCCCGAUGGACGUUCUCCUACCGACCUUCCCGCUCUUUCGCUACGCCCGCCGCGUGUACGACACCGUCCGCCAGCCCAUCUUGGCGGAAGACACAGCCCUGCUGCUCUCCACCGGACGCCGUUCUGACGGCAGCUCAGUGCCGUUCAGUGUGCGUGCCACUCCGGCGUUGGAGGGCUCUCCGGGGUUGUCCGCCGCAGGCUGCAUUGUGGAAAGCGAUGUGUGGGGGACUACGCUUGAGACGACCUGGAUGAACGCGGCGCCGGCAUGGGUAGUGCGCUUCCACUUCUAA